AUGAUUUUUGGUGAUUAUGCUAACUGCAAUACACCAAUUCAAUUAUAAUUAUCUCCUAUUGAUACAAAUUAAAAGAGUUAUAUUUCAUUAUUAUCAGAUAAUAUUGAAUUUUCGGUUAAAGAUAAAAAAUAAGGGUAUAAUACAUAACAAUCCUUUGAACAGACCAAAUUUACAUAUUCUGAAGGAAUCAAUUCUUUCAUUUAAUAUGAAAAAAUUAAUAAUGAAGAAUAAAGCAUUUUAAAUAAAAGAUUGAAAGAAAUUAGAUAUGUUUAUAUUAAAAAAUUGGAAUAGUUAGAUGAUUGUAUAUUAACUGUGAUUUUAAUAGAAUACCUUCAUGAUAGAUUAUAAAUUUUAGAAAAAUUUGAAUAACAUUUGAGUUAAAAGAGCCCUAAGAGAUUGAAGGAAUAACCAUUAAAGAGUGCUCUCAAAAAGAAGGAUUCGAUAUGCUCUUCUCGGUAUUAUACUCAAAAUAUUAAUGAUUCUUAAGAAGAUGAUUGGAAGUUCAUUCGUGAUGCACAAAAUAUUCUAAAGAAAUAGAGAUAAUCAUCUUAAGAUGAAGAAUUCAUUACACCAUCCAAAGUUAGAUUUGUAAAAUAUUCAUUUAACAUACUUAGUAAAAGAAAUCAAAGAAAUCUUUACUAAAAAAUGAUUAAUUUUAAGUAUUAUAAUUUCGAUAUUGAUAAGAGUAAUCGUUUUUUAUUAUUUAAUAUAAUGAAUAUAUUUAAAGUAUUAUUGCUUGUAUUUUUGAUACUAAGUGUGACAGCCCAACAACUAAGAGGAAAUAAUGAUUAACCUGAUACAUCAUCUGAAGUAAAGAAAUGCUCUUGUGGAUCAGGAAAAACUACUACAGGUGGACAAGGCUAAAACAAAGCUUCAUUAAUUCAAUAUCAAGAAGCUUUAAAAAAGUUACAUGAUGGAAUCAAAGAAGCCUCUACUGACUUUUAGGCAAAACAUAUAUGA